AACGUCAUUGUUUACUCGAUUCUUUUCCAGGAAGUUUGAGAGAGGUGGUUCUGUCAAAUAGAAAGGGGAUCCGUUUGGAAAACUUUAUAGUGUUUUUAACACUAUAACACACAAAUGUGUUACAGUUUCAGUUAUAUACAAUUCUCCUGAUUUAUUUCAGGAAUUUAAGAGGCUUUCGUGUAUGUAAUGACUUUAGGGGACGGACACAGAGGAGAAAAGCCAGAUCAUGCGGUCACAUCAGGUCCCGCGCCGCGAUCCCGCAACAUUUUAAAGUCCUCCUCAUAUUUUGUAAUUGAUACAUAAGCAAGUGCUUAUUUUGAGCAGGAUGAGGUCUGCAGACAGCAGACAUCUGAUCUCGGCGAUUAGAUACGGAUUUUACGGAAUGAGGACUAAUUAUUUAAGGUUUGACACGGAGCUCUGUCGGCUCUUGAGAGGUCCACGCGUGUUGGUCAGAGAGUUGAGUACCUCAGUUAAAACUCUUCAGUAUGACCUGAAAAAAUCAGACAUAGCCAAGUCUGGUAACAGGAAGUUAUUCUUUGAUACUCAUGCAAUGGUUCAGCUGCUUGAGGAAAGCGGUUUCGUGACCCAGCAGGCAGAGGUCAUUGUCAAUAUGAUGGUAAAUAUCACAAAUUCAAACAUGGACGUUAUGUACGGUGACAUGGCUACCAAAACGCAGCAGGAAAUCAUGUUACAGAAAGUCAUGUCUCAUAUUGCUGCUGUGAAAAAGGACAUGAUCAUUCUGGAGAAGAGUGAAUUCUCAGCAUUACUAGCAGAGAAUGAGAAAAUCAAGGUUGAGCUAUCACAGCUAAGAAUACAACUCACUGAUGUGAUAAACAAAAGGCGUGCGGAUGCCAUUUUGGAUUUGAAUGUGGAGAAAAGCCGCGUGAAGGAGUUGACAGUCGACUUUGACAGAAAGCUGAUAGGGACCAGGAAUGAACUGAUGGAAAUGCAUUCUGAGCAGGAUCGUCACAUGACACAGACUAACAUGAAAAUCGACACAGAAGUGGCGGGCCUCAAGACUUUGCUGGAGUCACAUAAACUGGAUACCAUCAAAUAUCUGGCAGGUUCAGUCUUCACGUGUCUCACAGUCAUACUCGGAUUCUAUCGGAUAUGGAUGUAAACAUCAGCAGGCUUUGUUCUUCCUGAGAAAAUGUCUCAUCAGCCGUGGGUCAUAAGACUCCUGUAGGAGCAAAUGUUCAUUCCUGCGUUAUUAUAUCAAGUUCUGAUAGGAAAAACAAAGCACAUUUACAUACCUAGAUAGUAUCUACAUAGUACUACACCUUGCAUUAUUUCAUGAUGUUCAUGCUUAUUAAAACCACUGUCAACAGAUGCAUCAAUCCCAAGAUAACACAGUACACAAAUAUGCCAAAGAAGGUGCAAGGUAUGUUAUAAACCAAAGACUUGCAAAUAAAUAUACAUACACUUUUUU